GGGGGCCGUCGCUCAACUCUCGCUACCACCGCUGCUGCUUCCGGCGUGAGGUGCAGGCAGGCAGGCGGGCGAUCGGGCUGUCGGGUAGAGGGGACGGGGAAGCAACCUCUGUGGAGUCAGUCGGGGGAGCAAGGCCGAGUGGAGGCGGCAGCGGCGGAGCUGGCCCCCGGAGCAGGAAUUGAGGCCCUUUCAUAACAGCAGGGCUCAAGUCAUCCAGGUUGCUACCUUCCUUCACUUAGCUCCCUCCACCUGUUGAGAAACAUCUCUGAACAUGGGUAACAUCUUUGGAAACCUGCUGAAAAGCCUGAUUGGGAAAAAGGAAAUGCGCAUCUUGAUGGUGGGGUUGGAUGCUGCUGGAAAGACUACCAUCCUAUACAAGCUGAAGUUGGGGGAGAUUGUUACCACCAUUCCUACUAUAGGUUUCAAUGUGGAGACUGUUGAAUACAAGAACAUCAGCUUCACAGUUUGGGACGUGGGUGGCCAGGACAAGAUUCGGCCCCUCUGGAGACAUUACUUCCAGAAUACCCAAGGUUUGAUAUUUGUGGUUGACAGCAAUGAUCGAGAAAGAGUGAAUGAGGCAAGAGAGGAACUGAUGAGGAUGCUAGCUGAAGAUGAGCUCCGGGAUGCUGUGCUACUUGUCUUUGCAAACAAACAGGAUCUGCCUAAUGCCAUGAAUGCAGCUGAGAUAACAGACAAACUGGGCCUACACUCUCUUCGUCACCGCAAUUGGUACAUUCAGGCCACCUGUGCCACCAGUGGGGAUGGGCUAUAUGAAGGCCUGGACUGGUUGGCCAACCAGCUCAAGAACAAGAAGUGAGCGCCAGCCAAUGCCCAUUCCCCACUUCCCUCCCAAUGUGCACCCACUCUCCACCCCAUUGUAAGUGUGGUGAGGACCCCAAGUACCAUGUCCACAUGUCUAGCAAGAGCCUUGCCCACUCCCCCGACAGCUGACAUGAUCAGUCUUGUUUCCCAGUUGCUAUCCUGAUGAUGAUUUGCUCCAGUUUAUUGGAUCUAAAACAAAAUAUAAUAAGAGUGUUAUGGUUUCA